AUGCGUUCUACCACCGUCGCCAUGGCUCUCUUGAGCUCUGUUGUCGCCGCUGAUUCCGUGACCACAAUCUUCCUUCCUUUCUUCGACCAGCAGCCGCUUGUUGCGUCUAUCGUUGGCAGUGAUGCCACUGCGACCACAUACGCGAUUGCAUGCGCCCCCGGCACCGACUCCACCGAGUGCGGCAUCCCUACCGGCUUCACUAUGACCGAAGGACCCAAGACCAUGGCACUCCAGAUGGUCGACGGCGAUAGGUCAAUUGCCUGGGCCGACCUCCACUGUGAUAUCAACACCAGCGCUUCCGAAGCCGUCUGCGUCGAAACUGUCGGUGGCGCUGAAGCGAACUUCCCCGGCACAUCAACCACCACUUUGGAACCCUCUGACUACGCAUCCGCCUGGAUUGCUGUGACCGUUACAGCUGGCGCCGCUACUGGCGCCGCUGCUACCACCGCUGCCUCGGCCACCGCACCCACGGCUUCUGCGACUACAAAGGCCGCUGCUACCACCGCUGCUCAUACCGGUUCUGCUGCCUCCACUACAUCCGGUUUGUCGACUGUUGCUAGCUCUUCGUCUACUGGUACUGCUUCCGCCAAGGCUUCUGCUUCAGUUGUGAGCACCGGUGGUAUGCCCCAAAUUACUGGAAAUGCGCAGUGGGCUAUGGGUGGUGUUGCUGUUGCGAUGGCCCUUGCUGCUUUGUAA